UUGCCUUGUCCUCUUCCAUUUGUGUCCUUGUAAGAAGUACGCCAUGAGCCGAAAAUUCUAAAAGGGAGUGUAGUUUGUUUUCAGUUUUAAAGUGUAAAAAAGUUUUUGUUAGAAAUGUCAUCAGCUGGAUCAAGUGGUUCUGGCCGUGGACGGGGGGGACAAGCAGCUGUGGGUGAUCAAAAAGAAGCAAAAGAAACCAAACCAAAUCCGAAAAUGUCUAAAGCUCUUGGAACAUCUGCUAAACGCAUUCAAAAGGAAUUGGCCGAGAUCACAUUAGAUCCUCCUCCAAACUGUAGUGCAGGACCGAAAGGAGAAAAUUUUUACGAAUGGGUGUCCACUAUUUUGGGACCUCCAGGAUCUGUCUAUGAAGGAGGUGUAUUUUUCCUCGAUAUACACUUUUCGCCAGAGUACCCCUUCAAACCUCCAAAAGUUACUUUCCGCACCAGGAUUUAUCACUGCAACAUCAACAGUCAGGGCGUAAUCUGCUUGGAUAUUUUAAAGGAUAACUGGUCCCCUGCUUUAACCAUUUCGAAGGUCCUUUUGUCAAUUUGUUCUUUACUUACUGAUUGCAAUCCAGCCGACCCCCUGGUAGGAAGCAUAGCGACCCAAUACCUGCAGAAUCGAGAGGAGCACGACCGUAUCGCCAGAUUAUGGACAAAGCGUUACGCUACGUGAUUUAUUUACUCUUUGCCACUUCCAUCGAUGUCGCUCCCCUUUGCCAGAAUGGCAAAAAAUGGUUUUUCAUCUAUCCAUUUAAUCAUGAACUAUUCAUUUGUCUGUCUUAAAUGUUCAUAUAAUUAAGUUUAUUUGUACCACACUUAGUUAAAUAGGUAGAUUAAACAAAAUUCAUUGUAAAAAAAA